UGUAUUGUGUGGUGUACGCUCGACAAGGAGAGGAUAUUUUAUCGCCUAAAAGGGAUGGUUAAACACCAAGAAACUUAUUACGGAUUUUUUGUUAUUUCCCCUUAUUAAAUAGGAGUCCUUGCCUGGUCCUUGUUAUAGAGGAUUAAGUACAGGUAAAGGCGUCUCAUUGCAUUAUAAGAUAAUCUUGGAGCGACACAGUUGAAGGAAAACAAGAAGCAAUAUUGUGGAAAUUUCUGAUCAGAUAUUUUUGACGAUGCCAUUGGACAACGAUUGCCUUAUGCAAGCCCUGAGCACAGUGGCCAGAAGCAGGAACGUCAUGGUUUGUGCCCAAAAAUCAGCCAAAGCUGGAGUAAUAGCUGGUACAUCCGUGAUGAUUGGAACCCUUGUCGCAGGCCCAGUUGGACUUGUGCUAGGAGGAUUGUUUGGCACGGCCCUGGCGUACAGGUCGACUGGCGAUGUGAAGCCACUGUGGCAGGUACUGAAUGAAGACUUAAAUGACCACCAGAAGCAGCAAUUGAUUGAAAAUAUCACUAACGCUUUUCGGAAUGUAGAGUAUACAGACAUAGCCAUGCUUGCCACUUUGAUACUGAGGAGCAGUAGUCUUCAGGACACUGCCAUGAGAAUUGCCUUAGAUUAUGCAAGGAAUCAGAUCACGAUGUAAAAUAAUACAGGGCAAACUGCAUAUCAAAUAAGUCUGAAUAUUGUUGUGAAAUCGUUUCAAGUUCCUUUUAAACAAUGUAAUUGUAAUAUUCAAACUGAACCAAUAAUAUUUGGAUAUUUCAUCAAUAAAAUUCGAUAUUUAUCAAGUUAA